AGAGCGCUGCUUCUCUGCAGUCGCCGCGAUGUCAGCCGCCUGCUGCGCAGGCCAGUUGGCAUGUUGCUGUGGAUAUGCUGGGUGUGCCCUGUGCUGCAAAUGCUGUCCCCGGAUCCGGCAGUCCAGGAGCACUCGUUUCAUGUAUGCAUUCUACUUCAUCCUCAUCUCUCUCAUCUGCUGUAUCAUGAUGUCCAAAACAGUAGCCACAGAGAUGAGGAAACACAUUCCUUUUUAUGAAGAUAUUUGCAAAGGCAUUAAAGCAGGGGACACUUGUGAGAAGCUGGUGGGCUACUCUGCAGUUUACAGAGUCUGUUUCGGAAUGGCCUGUUUCUUCUUCAUCUUCUGUUUAUUUACAGUCAAGAUUAACAACAGCAAGAGCUGCCGAGCCUACAUUCACAAUGGAUUCUGGUUCUUUAAACUUUUACUCUUGGUGGCCAUGUGCUCAGGAGCGUUCUUCAUUCCAGACCAAGACACAUUCCUGAACGCAUGGCGCUAUGUGGGAGCCAUUGGAGCUUUUGUCUUUAUAGGAAUACAGCUCAUCUUACUUGUGGAGUUUGCACAUAAAUGGAAUAAAAACUGGACCGCAGGCACCGUUCAUAAUAAAAUGUGGUAUGCCUUCCUCGCCCUGGUGACUCUUCUUAUGUACACGAUUGCUGUGGGAGCUCUGCUCCUGAUGGCCUGGUUUUACACAUGGGAGGAAGAAUGCUUGCAGAACAAAAUUUUCAUUGGUGUCAACGGAGGCCUCUGCCUACUUAUUUCACUGGUAGCCAUCUCGCCCUGUGUACAAAACCGGCAGCCUCACUCCGGGUUACUGCAGUCAGGUCUCAUUAGCUGCUAUGUCACCUAUCUCACUUUCUCAGCUCUCUCCAGCAAGCCUGUAGAGACAAUUUUGGAUAAAAACCAGAAGAACAUAACAAUCUGUUCACCUAACUUUGGCCAAGGUCUCUACAGAGAUGAAAACCUGGUCACAGGGCUGGGUACAGCUCUCCUGUUUGCUUGCAUCUUGUACUCUUGUUUAACAUCAACCACCCGGUCAAGUUCCGAGGCUCUGAGGGGAAGAUACGCUGCCCCUGAACUGGAAGUAGCUCGUUGCUGUUUUUGCUUUGCUCCUGAUGGAGAAGAUGCUGAGGAACCAGAUGCUCGGAGGGGAGGACAGCAAGUCAUCUAUGAUGAAAAGAAAGGCACUGUCUACAGCUAUACCUACUUUCAUUUUGUCUUUUUCUUGGCCUCCCUUUAUGUGAUGAUGACCGUCACCAACUGGUUUAACUAUGAAGGUGCCCACAUUGAAAAAUUCUUCAGCGGAAGCACAUCUUUCUUCUGGGUCAAGAUGGCAUCUUGUUGGAUGUGUGUCCUCAUCUAUCUGUGGACCCUCAUAGCUCCUCUCUGCUGUCCCACCAGAGAAUUCUCCGUAUGAAAGAUCUGAGAGUCCUUCUUUUAUCAAUAACUGUCAUUUAUGUCAGUUAUACCUGUCAGUUUGACCAAUCUGCCAACGAAAAGACUGUAUUUUUUAAAAGUGUUUUUUUUAAAGUAAUGAGUAAUGUGAGUUAUGAUUGGGGUCCUAAAUAACACCUGUGAAGUCGCUAAAACCAGGUUGGCCCAAACUGGGUCAGGGAAGGCAAGCAUUCUACAGGAAUGUUUAGAUUAUGUUGAGUUUCUGUCCUUGUGAUAUAAUGAAGGAAACAUACCAGUUACUAUGGGAAGCAUUUAAAAAAAAAAUCUUAAGAAGAAAGAAUUGUUUGGAUCCACAAUGAUUAUAGAUGAUACAUACUAUACAUAUGCUUUUGACUUCCAUGACCUUUUAUAAAAGUGCGGCAUUAAGUCCAAGUUCAACAAAUAUUAAUUAAGUGCCUAUGAUGUGCAAAGCACAAUACUAGGUGCUGGGGUGGGGAUGUUGUUAGGAUA